AUGAGUCGCAAGGGUAAAGAGCGCGAGCGUGACUACCGGCACGCCUUCAGGCCGGGAGCUGAAGACCCGGCCCUGUGGUCUCGCGAGGAAGACGAGGAGGCCGACUGGAAUCACCAGCCAGACGGCCAGGCAUGGGCGGUGGAGCCGAACCCAGCUCUCGACGAGUGGGCGGCGCUGCAUCAGGCAACCAGCGCGACGACAAGCCAGUCCUUUGGUUACGGGCCAGGUCUAUAG